AUGGCUUUGAACCGGAAAUAUGCAGCUUUGCCAGACCUUGACUCGGCCCCGGACGUGUACGAGACGCCAGAGCUCACAGAUGACACCUCCACCGUUCCGACGACGACCGGGCAAUCGCACUCCGAUGAUGAUUUCGACGAUGACGACCUUGACGACGACGCCAACGGCAUUUCGAGGUCCCGACUUCGGGUAGACCAAGCACGAUCUCGUUUCCUUCCGGCGGGUGUGGACGCCACAGGGGUCGACUUUUCGGAUCGAGUGGAUGGCAAACGGAAAUCAUACAAGGCAUCAACGAGACGCCAGCGUUUCCUGCAGGAUGGUACAGAGCAACUCGGCGACCUCAGCGAUGAAGAUGACGAAGAUAGUUUAGAACGCAAGAUUGCGCGACUGCAACGUGAAGUCGAGGAAGCUAAGGAGGAGUACGGAAAGAGGAAAGAGGCUGCAGCACAGCCUACGACAGGGGAUCAUGACGAGAAGCUGGGGUCUCUCAGCAAGGUUCUGGACGAGAUUUCCAAAACCUUGGAAUCGCAUACGAACAGUUCUCGCUCACUCCAGUCAGGGUCUCAACCACCCAGGCAAAUUCAAGACGAAUCGCAGGAAAUGGUGGCACAGGGCAAUUCUGCGACCUAUACUGUCACCUAUGCUCCUACGUACGAACAAAGCCACGCUCUUGCCACAGCCGCGGACUUUGACCGACGACUUGUUCUCCUUGAAAAGGCAAUCGGAGUAGGGUCAACCGCCUUGCCGGAAGUUGAUAUCAAUGGGUUGCCAAGAGCCAUUCUCCCGACGCUUGAUGGGCUUCAAAAGCAGAUCACGGCUUUGUCACAGGCGUCAACGUCAAAUCUGGACACAAUCAGCCGUCGGGUCCGUACCCUCAUUCAAGAAGCUCAGGAGUUGGAGAAAGCACGCCAGGGGGCCAAGUCUGCGCAGGAGACCCUUGGCAAUGGCGCGGCUGCUGGCGAGGACGCGCCGGCCCCGGAGCAACUCGCAAAGAUCAACGCUCUUUACGGAACUCUGCCUACGAUUGAGAAUCUCGCUCCUCUCCUGCCGCCGUUGCUUGACCGCCUGAGGUCACUCCGCGCGAUUCACUCUGAUGCUGCGGCUGCGAGCGAGAUGCUCGGCAGAAUUGAAAAACAGCAAACGGAUAUGGCGACGGACCUCAAGCAAUGGAAAGACGGCCUGGAAAAGGUCGAGGAGGCGAUGAAGGAAGGAGGCACUGCCAUGACCGGGAACAUGAAGGUGAUGGAGGCAUGGGUAAAGGAUUUGGAGGGACGCAUUGCGAAGUUGCCAUGA